UAACGCUAUCAAACGCCUUUAUACGUUUUUAACGCACCUUCGUAAUUUUAAGUUUCUAAGUUUUAUAGCGUUUUGCGAGGCAAAACAAAAUGUAUCGUAGAAAAAAAAUGGGAAACAAUUCGCAAGAAGGCAUUUAAAAUUACAAUGAAUUUCGAACAAACUGGAAUUUCAAACUUCUAAGUCAUGCUGUUUUUGCGCAGCAAAACAAAAUGUCAAAUGUUGAACGCCUAAAGCAGCGUAGGCGGAUUUAACGAAUUUUAAAAUAGAGAAUUUAGUUUAAAAAUAGAUCGAAUGUUUUGCAAUAAUUCAUAAAAUACACCUCUUUUAUUCACUUUUCUCAGUUACGUAAUAAUGAUUAAGUUCAGUUUAGAUAACUUAUCAGAUAAUAGUAUUGUUCCUACACUAAAUUGUUUUUGUUAUGAAGAAGAUAUUUUCUGAAAGUAAAAAUUGCUACUUUCUGUUGGAAUCUAUAUUAAAAGUAAUAUUCAAGACUACAACUAUGAAAUAUACUGCAGCCGGAAUCAUUUUGCUGUAUGUUUAUGUUUUGGGAAGCAUAAAUUACAGUUUGGGUGCAACAGCUCCAGAUAAUAUCAUUAAAUUUGAUGACGUUCGACAACGUAUUCGUGACAAGACUAUCAAUGCAAACCAAGCACAGAAAAAAGAAGAAAGAUUUUUGAUCGGAACUGAUUUCCAAGAUUACCUUAAGUUGAUUGACUAUCAAACUAUUAUUUCUCUUCUUAUGAAUAAUAUUUUUGCUGCAUCUCCAAACAGCAGCUGUGACCGAGAUUUGAAGUAUGUAAAAGAAAAUAUUAAUUUCAAGGAUAUUCAAAAUUCUUGGGCUUUGAAAAUACUUGAUGCAUUUGGAAAACCAGAAACUGGAAUUUUAGAGGGAAAUUUAAAAUUUCUCGGGGAUUUCGAUGAGUGUAAAAGUGUGUAUGCUCCGAAGAAAAAGAACAGUGACGCCGGGAAUUUUCAUGGGAAAUAUUGCAGCUUGAAGUUGUCUGUGGAUCUUCUACCAAUGCCUGUGACUCUUGGCAUAUGUCUACCUGACACCUGUAAUCCAUCUGAUUUUAAUAUAUCAAAUUUUAUGCCUGCUUUGAAGCAAAUUACGAAAGGGUAUAAAAUAAAUUCUUUGAGUUGCAAACCCAAUUCUCUUAAACUGAGUGAUGGUGGAAUUGUAACAAUAUUUAUAAUCUCAGCAUUUUUAUUGCUCGUGCUCUUGGGAAGUUCUGUAACUGCACUUAAGCAUUUCACUGAGCCACUAAGCAAGCAAAAUAAUGUUAAUAUGGAAGGCAUUUCGAUUGACGAAGACACAGAAAAUAUAAAAAAUGAAUCCUCACUAAAUUCACUUGCACUACCUGAAAGAUCACCAAGUCAACUAAGAGGUAAACUAAUUCUGAUUUUAUAUACCUAAAUAGACAUAUUGAAU